UAGCCAUCUCAUCCAUCUAUACUCUUUCUCUUCCCUUUGCUUCGCCAGCUUGAUUCUGCAUGCUACCCUGAAGGGCGAAAUCGAUAACAAGAAGGAAAAGAAAACAAUGGAGGAAAUGGUAGCAUCUGCAGUUGUGGAGGAGGCUGUGAGCGGAGCCUUCUCCUUCAUUUUCAGCAGUCGCGAGGAGAAGGUGUCCAAGGAGCAUCUCAUGGAGAGGCUGCAGAUGGCUCACAUAAAUCUCGAUUCGGCACUCACGUUCACGAGGACUAGGAGGAUGCCCAUCACCACCAUGCCGUUGGUUCGGAAAAAGAAGUGCUUGUUGGAUGUCUUCAGUGAGUGCGAUGAUCUACUCGGCAGGGUGAUUGAUCAUCAGCAAGUGGUACCCUCUUUACGCAGAAAGAUUAUGCAUGCUGUGCUGCCUUUUUUCAUUGUCCCAAAUCAAGAUGUGCUGAGUAGUUCUGCUGUUGCAAGAUUUGAGUGGUUUGUGAAGGAAGCAAGGAAGUUUGUCAAGGACAUGGAGUCCGGAUGUUCACCUUCUCGCGACAGAUUUCACAAUCCUCUCACCAGGCAUCUUCAUGAAGGCAAGAAUCUCUACUAUCAAAUGGUGCGAGGAAGCCAAGACUGUUAUCUUCGGAUAUAUACAGCUUCCGUGGAAGAGUAUGGUAGAGUCGCAUGUCUAUCAUUUCAAUACGGAGACCUCAAGGCGCCACUUAAAAGUUUUUGGCUACUGUUGAUUCUGAGACUAUAUGAAAGCACCGACAUAGUUGGAGUUGCCGUGAAAUGUUUGCAGUCACUUGGAUCUCCAUUCAAGUCUUUGGCUGAUGUUGCAACGGGAGAACUCACUCAGGUACUUACACAGGACGUUUCAGAUUUCCAAGUUUCAGUACUGUCGAAACGGAUAUUUGACUUGUCUACAUCUUGGAGUCCAGACCCAUUUUGUUGCAUAUCAAAUGGGCGCAAAAAGCCUUGCGCUAAUGAUAUCAUCUCAUCCGAGCUAACAGGCAGAUUUCCACAAGAAGUUAUGUUAGUUACUUUUCACUAUCCUUAUUCAGCUUAUGACUGCUACAUGCAGAGCUCAACUGAUGAAGCGUGUAUAAACACCAUAAAAGCCUGGCCACAUCUAAAGAUGUCAGUUUCCUUCUUACCCCAUAUGCCACACAAACUCCAGGGAGGGGAUGGCUGGUUCGACCAGGUAUUCCUUUUGUUUAUCACAAUGUUGCUAAGGCAAGGGUUUUUAACCUCCUUUUCGGAAAUAAGGAAAAACAGCUUGCACUACACAGAGGAGUUGAUACAAACAGAGGCAAUCCAUUAUUUCAUUAGUCACCCUGAGCUGACGGAAUACGUUAUGCCUUGGCGCUCGGCACAUGGUUUUGCACUCUUCACAGUUUCGAAGCCGAUCUCCAAAACUAGGAGAGUGUCAAAGAGAAGACGUUAG